AUGUCACGCUCCUUCUAUGUCGACUCCUUAAUCAUCAAAGACUCCUCGAGGCCGACUCCGUCCCUUCCUGAGCAUCAUCACGGCCAGGACUUCUUCAUCCCUCUCAGCAUGCCUUCCCCCCUCGUCAUGUCGGUGUCGGGCCCGGGCUGCACGUCCCGAAAGAGCGGCGCCUUCUGCGUCUGCCCGCUCUGUGUCACCUCUCACCUGCACUCCUCCCGCGGCGGCGGCGGCGGCGGCGCCAUCCCCCUGCUCAAGAGCCAGUUCCCCACCGCCGCAGGCGAGGCCCAGUGCUGCCCGCGGAGCAGCCACGCUCACCACCCGCCGCAGCACCAGCCGCCCGCCGCCUCGGUGCCCGCCGCCGCCCUGGGACACCCUGCGCAUCAUCCACCUGCCUGCGCCGCCACCACCUACAGCGUCAGCGAUCCCCGGAGGUUUCACUGCCUCGGCAUGGGAGGGUCCGAAUCCAGUCAAAUUCAGAAUGGGAAACGGAUGAGGACUGCUUUUACUAGCACCCAGCUCUUGGAGCUGGAGAGGGAAUUCUCCUCCAACAUGUACCUGUCCCGGCUGCGGAGGAUCGAGAUAGCCACGUACCUGAACCUGUCUGAGAAGCAAGUGAAAAUCUGGUUCCAAAACAGGAGGGUGAAGCACAAGAAAGAAGGCAAAGGCACCCAGCGAAACUCGCACGGGGGCUGCAAGUGCAGCACCAGCCAGGGGCAUUACCCCCGGUCAGAGGAUGAAGAGUCUCUAUCCCCCUCAUCGGCUACUGAGGAUAAAGAGAUCUCCCCGUUAUGA